AUGGCCUACCUAAGUGUUGUGGUGAUGACGUUCGCGAUAAUAGCGGGCACCGGAGCGGCGCCCAGUGAUCCAUGCUUCAACUACGAGACCAAGGCGAAGGAGAAUAAAUUCGACGCAAAAGAGAUAAUGGAUCCCGCAACUCUAGCCUGGCAUCGACCCCAGUCGGCAUCCUCGCGUCAAGAGGAGGAGCUAAUACAAAAGAGCACUCGUGCUGCCUCCAACACCACCGACCCCCUAGAGAAGCUGCGUCUGCUUUGCCUGUCCAGGGGUGCCACUGGAAUCCUGGGGCUUGGAAGAGUUUUCAGACGUAUGGAUGAUGAUGGCAGCAAACAGCUAAACAAGGAAGAGUUCGUCAACGGCUUAAAGGAAACGGGACUGGAAUUGACUAAAGAGGAAGCUGAAGACCUCUUCAAUAAAUUCGACACUGACAAGAGUGGCUCCAUUAGUCUUGACGAGUUCAUAAAACAAAUCCGUCCGCCCAUGUCGGACUCUCGACGCGCCAUUGUUGAGCAGGCUUUCAAGAAGCUGGACAAAACUGGUGACGGCGUGAUCACGGUCGCGGACAUUCGCGGUGUCUAUUCGGUCGAGGCCCAUCCAAGGUAUAUGAGCGGAGAGGAAACGGCCGACGUGGUUAUGACCAGGUUCCUGGCCAACUUCGAGGCGGAUGGAUCUACUGAUGGCACGGUAACACUUGAAGAGUUCAUGAACUACUACAGCGGCAUCAGUGUUUCCAUCGACAAUGAUUGCUAUUUCGAUCUUAUGAUGCGUCAAGCUUACAAAUUG